AUGAUUUCCGAAGAAGAAACUCAUAGAAGAGCAAUCAAUGAUGUUGAGGAAUGGGUCUCCACCUUGGGUGAUACGAAUGAGAAUAUCUUUACGCAACCAAUGCCGACACAACAACAAGUUCGAUGGAAACCACCGGCAAGUGAUUGGGUCAAAUGUAACUACGACGUUUCACAUAGGGAAGGCAAUCAAAACUCCGGAUUGGGGUGGAUCAUCAAGAAUAGCAAUGGUAUUUUUCUCGAAGCUGGAAUGGGAAAAUUUGAAGGUCGAGAAACGGUGGAAGAGGCUGAAUGCACAACACUCUUGUGGGCUACGCAAUCUGCUUGGGCUUUAGGUUAUCCAAAAGUUGAAUUUGAAGGAGACAAUCUCAUUAUCAAUCGUGUCAUCAACAACAAUAUCAUGAAUUUGAAGCUCCAACAUCACAUUACUGCCAUCACCAAUUGGAAGGCAAACUUUUUAUACAUCAAGUUCACUUACCGCAAACGUACUGCGAAUGAAUGUGCUGAUCUUUUAGCGAAGACUUCGAUCAUUUCUUCAUCACCAUGGAUACGUACAACAACGUGGGCCGACAACAGAGCCCAAACAAAAGUAGCUAUUUCCUAA